GCCCUCGUCUGAGAAAACAGAAAGCAGAUAAGGCCUUUCCACUCUUCUGCUUCAACGUCUCUCUCUAUCCUCCAUCCAUGACUUCUCUUUAAGUCAUUCUCGCUCAACGCUAACCAUUCUCGGUCUUCUCUCCCCACCAAUGGCUUCCAAUGUUCUUCCCCAGGCAUUGAUUGCGAUUCCUAGAGGCGCCAACCACAGCGCUCCCAGGAAGCUAGGGUUCUCCGCGCUCGCAGCUGGCUCCAGCGGACACUGUCGGACCUAUCCUAGACACGGGUGUUUGCUCUCUAGGGUUUCGUUUGGCUCUAGGGGAUUGAGUAGUCCGGUGAUUGCGGCCUUUUCGAAGCGGAGUUUUGUGGUUAGAGCUGAGCCGGAGCCAGAAGCCGAAGUUGCUUCCAGUGAGAGCGCGGAGGAGAAUGCUGAAGCAGCUGCUGACGUCAAGGAAGCUGCUGAAGCAGUAGCGGAGGAGGAAGUCGUGGAAGUGAAGCCUCCAAGUAAGCCAAGGGUUAAGCUUGGCGAUAUUAUGGGGAUAUUGAACAAAAGAGCAGUCGAGGCAUCUGAGAAUGAACGGCCGGUUCCAGACGUCAGGACUGGAGACAUAGUGGAAAUUAAACUGGAAGUGCCUGAAAACAGGCGCAGAUUGUCUAUCUAUAAAGGCAUAGUCAUAUCGAGACAAAAUGCUGGCAUCCACACGACCAUUAGAAUUCGGAGAAUUAUUGCUGGCAUCGGGGUCGAGAUUGUAUUCCCGUUGUACUCACCCAACAUCAAGGAAAUAAAAGUGGUUAAGCACAGGAAGGUCAGGAGGGCUAGGUUGUACUAUCUCCGGGACAAGCUUCCCAGGCUCUCCACCUUCAAAUGAAAAACUUACAAUGCUGUCUCCACUCUUUGGCUCUUCACAACUCAAAGGAGCCCCUUUUUUUUUUUUUUUCCUGCGAAUGGCAUUAGAACUGCCUCUUAAUUUUUGUUUGUUUGUUUGCUGUGAGCCUGUAUUCCCAUUCUUUGGUAUCAUGCAGAGAAGGGGAAUAUCAGUGCACUAACGAUUAGGAAUAUGUAAUUUCUACAUCUCUUCUUGUGAUGUUCGUUUGGUCAUAAGAUGUUCCUGUUUUAUAAGCAUGAAGAUACUGACGCGGGAGGUCCCUAAACUUUCCGUGA